AUGUCAGAGGACCAGGAAGAACUGAAUUUGAACGAGCUCGUGGGUAACCUACUCGCAGCACACAACGAAGAGGCUGAGGCUCCGCAGCUGGAACAAGGCUCACUUGAUGAGUUAGACGAAAUCCCCGAACUCCCGGAACAGACCGGAAGUCAAGAUGCAGAACUCGGAGACGAUGAUUUGGCCGCUGUGGUGGCCCAAGCUAUUGGGGGCAUGGAGGAGCCUGAAAGUCAGAGAUCGGCUGAAGCUACGACGGAAUUACACGGUGACCAAAUACAGGAACUGUCUGAAGAAAAAGACCAGCCACAAAGCAAAGAAGAAGAAUGGGCCCAAAUUCUUCAACAGGGUCUUUUGCAAGAAAGCCAACAACAGCAUCCUGAUCAGUUGGAGGAAUCCUUAAACACCGGCGAUGGAGCUAAUGAGAACUUGGACCAUGAAGAUGAAGCCCUGCGAAGGGCUAUUCUUGAUUCCUUGCAAGCGCUCAGUGUAGGCGAAAAUCAAGGCGUACCGACAAAAUCGCAUGAUGAGCCGAAAGUUAAGCACAAGAGCAAGAGCAAGGAUACUCACAAGGACAAGUCGAAGGAGAAGAAGAGCAAGAAGAAAGACGCUAAAAAGCCCACAAAAAAGAAGUCUUCGAAGAAAAAGAAGGACUCGCUGAAGAAGAACAAAGAGGCUCCUAAAAGUUCUUCUUUGACGAGGCAAGGCGGCGAUGAUGACAUCCUGAACUUCGAAGAUGUAAUCAAAGGCUUUAUGGAGCAAGGCGCAGUCGAACCUGCUGACCAAGAAACUACCAACGCUAGUGGGCGUCGUACGGCGGGGACGGGAGACGCAACUGACGCAGAAACACAAGCCUUUGUCGAGGCCACGCUGCGAGCUUUUGAAAGCGAGCUGCUUUCUGGCACAACCUCAGCACCUAGUACCAAAACAAAAAGCACACAGAAAAAACCACUGUUAGCCGAAGAUCGAUCUGUUGUAGCAAGCACUCAUGGUCACAAGACUACGAGAAUACCGUCUCAUAAUUCGUCGGCCUCCAGUUCUAAGAAAAAGAGCUCAGAGUCAUCCAAAAAGAAGAAGUCUUCGAAGGGAGAUAGUCGGCGAAAAGAGGGUUAUAACGAAGAUGACUUCUCCAGAGCUUUGGCUGAAAUGGUCAAUCAGGUUGUCAAUACUUCAAUUUCUGAUGUACAACCAAGAGUUUUGACACAACCUGAAGGACCACUGGUGCCGCAAGGCGCUUUACCUCACACGGCUGUUGAGCCGGCCUCUGAUCAGCAGAAUACUGAAAGGACUGAGGCAGCCGACGCGAUGGGUGGAGCAGGAGAUAUAUCAAUGCUCAAUAACUCCCAGUUACUUCAGGAGCAUGAAAGUUUUGGAGCAGACUCUACUUCGAAUACGUUCCCGCCCUCUGGAGCUUCUGCCGGAACACAAGUCGGAAAUGAGGUCCUGGACACAGCCUUACCAGAAGGCGGUUCAAUCAGCAGAAACCCUGACGUUGACUUGGUGAGUUUAACAGAGGGUUUGGAUCUCAAUCAAAUAAUGCAAAACGCUAUGGCUUUAGCUUUCCAGGGGCAGUCAGGGGAGCAGAUGAACCAGUCUGCUGUUGACGACUUCAAUCGCCAACUUGGUGGCAUUAAUUUGUCGCAGCUGUUGGAUAGCUCGAUUGGGUCCACCAAAGCGAAGAAAAAGGCAGCAAAAGCUUCCAAGAAGAAAGAUGCGACAGAGAAAUCGAGUUCAAAACUUCAGUCGCCUAAGAAGCAUAGUAGCAAGAGCAAGAAGCAUGGGGUUUCGAAUCAAGAGUUAGCCGCAGCUUUAGAAGCAGGAUCUUUUAGCAUUCCGGGGUUCACUCAAGGUUUACCAAAAACCCUCUUAACAGCGAAGCCCGAGAAGCUUGCUAGCUCUAAAAAAUCCACAUCCGCCCCUCAGGUUUCUGAGAGGCAAUGGAGGAAGAAGUUCAAAGCGGCAGCAACAGAAGCUGCGGCGAAAGCCAGGCGGCAAAGAAUGGACAGAAACAAGGCGCAGCGCAGCAAAAUGAAGGAAGAACGUCGAAUAGCGCGUCAGGACAAACAGCUCAAGAAGAAAGAGAGACAAGAGAAAGAAGAGGCGGAGAGAAAAGAACUGGAAAUAAUUGUUGCAAAAGGACCACCAUAUCCUCCCGAUUUGCGCCUGACGAAAAGAGGUAGACCAAAGAAACCCUUCCGUAGAUACACUGCAGAAGAGAUGAAAAAACGGGCGUCUAUGCCAUCCUUAAUUGACACUGAAUCUUCAAAGAGGGUAAAGAAGGACAGGAAGAAAAAGGAGAGGAAGCCUAAGAAAAUUCCUCUUUCUGCCCUCAGGAAGAUACCUCUAUUCAAUUUUAUCAAAAAGCAAAUGCCAUUGGGCUUGCAAAGUAGGCUCAACGAUAUUGAUGGCACUUUGGCUCGGAUACCAUUAGGCGGAAGCCGUGAGCUACCUAGUAGGGAAAACACACAUCCCCUUCUGUCGAGCGCCCUUCAAAACCACUUGUUCAACAGUCUUCAGAACGCAGUUUUUGAUGAUAAAACCGCCGAGAGGGAACAUGAGAUCGAAACAGUAGAAACUCAAAAAACCAUUAUUCAUCGCGAGAAGUGUUCAUUCCAUCCUCCAUGGGCUAUUCCUGAGCAUCCUCCAUUUGUUUUACCCACAGCCAGAAGAAAAAAGAGAGGAGAGGACGUUGAUGGGAGUCUGAGAAAGUCCUCGAAAGACCGCAAACAUAGAUCUAAGAGUAAAGGCGCCAAUUUUGUUUCUGGUAGUAAAAUCAUUCCAGCUUCUCUUUUCCCAAUAAUUAAUACACUCAAGGCAGCCGCAAUGGCAAGGGCAGCAGCUGGAGCAACACCUGAAGAAGCUAGUAGGCAUCUAGGAAACAUGUUGCGAACAGCCAGAAUGACAAUAGCCCAAACUCUUGCCAACGCACGGGGACAAGGUAACAGAAACUAUGGCUCUCUCAAAAACUUCGAUGACAUCAAGCAGAUGCAAGAGAAAGACCAGGCGUUGAAAAAGAUUCCGAUCUUCAGUUUGAGCAGCAUCAAGGCCAUCAAAGACGAUAGUAAAAAAGACAGUUCACAGACUGCGGAACCUUCUACUAUUCCGCAAAACGACGACAGCAAGGCUGUACCUGCUGUCAACGAAGUUUCUUCGAAUACUGGUGAAAUGCAGCCAGAAACCACUUCAUCGCCGCCCAAGCAGGUAAGUAGCGAGGCGGUGGCAGAUGAAAAGGAAGUAUCUGAGCAUGAUCCUACAGCGGCGAUAGGGAGCCGUUUGACUUCACCUAGUGAUAAAGAGGAUCAGGUGUCACCGCCUCCUAAAAUUGGACUUCGGCAAAAUGAUGAGGAUCAUGAGGCAGUAAAAAGCCAAAGCAGCGUCGACUCUGAUGAAAAAUACUUAGUUGGAAAGAACCAAGCUGAGGAAAUAUCUCAGAAUGCAGAGCCCAAGAAAGCUGAAUCAGAGGGUCAAGGGUCCGCGCCUAAGGAAGUUUCAAGUGACCUGACCAAACCACAGACAGGAAUUACACUUAUCAAGACAGAAACAGGCGUUAGGUUGCCACCAGAAGAAGAUGGCCCAAGGGCGAAUUCGAAAGAGGGACUAAGCCAGCCGGACGACGAGCUUCCUGCUGAAAUUAAGAGCGAGCUCACACGCGCAAUAAACGACUUGAUUAUCCCGUACCCAAAGGUGAAAAAGAGGUAUACAAAAACACCUCCAGUGUUGAAUCUAGAGGGUUUGGUUCCCCCUGGUUCAAUACCCCUCUUCAAAUCUGAAAACUCUGACAUUCGAACUAUUGGAGGUCAACGGGAAACAACAAAUACUGCAAAUAUUGACACUACAACAAAAAGAGCCAAUCCAGCUAAACAGCCCUCCGUGGUCGAAACAAAAUACGAAUUCAGCCUCCCAACCAAAAACAUAAGAGGGGAGCCUCUAAGAGCUAUCUCCAUCUUAAGAAGAGCGAAGGAUUAUCUGACUGGCGAAGAGCUCACGAAACUCAAGAAGUGUAUCACCAACGAACGCAAGAGAAAAUGGCGAGAAGCAAACGCAAAAAAGAACAAAAACCACGACCUAAGGGCGCGAUUGAAAAAAAGAGCGAACGCGCUUUUCGGCGAGCAGGACUCUACGGCCAAAUCCGAAUGGUGUGAAACUGAGUAUACCAAAAGAGCUGUGAAAGUCGAGAAUGAGUCUGGGGAAGCGCUCGCGCAAGGUUCUUCCGAACCAACUACGAGUGUUUCCGACGCCGAGGUCCUUAAUAUGAUUGCAUCAACCUUUAACAAGGAGAGCGUAUCCCGAUCAAUCGAGAAAGACAUUAAUGACGAGGCGAAUUUAAUCUUGGCUGACAAGAAACCCACUAAAAAAAGGACUACCGCUCCCACGAGGAAGCCUAUUAAAAUAGACGCGGAAACUACUGUACCUGCAAGCGAUGCAUUACACGAGGGAAACAAUUUUAGGGAGAACAACACCAAAAUCGCAGGCGAGCCUAAUGCAGGCGAGCCUAUUGAUCCAAUAUUCAUGCAAAUGGGAAAGAGAGGCCGCGAAGAAGGCCACGAGAAUGACACAAAUGGAGCCAAGCGCGCGAAGACUAAGGGCUGCCUCGGUGCUAACAUACUGAGAAGGCCUGCAUAUAUUAAUCUUGAAAACAAGUAA